CGGUGCUGUGCAGGUGAAAGUUGAACUCAGUUGGGAACCGCCACAGUGCAUAGACAAAGUAAGAAUACCACGAGCGAAUCAUGUCCAACGAAGCAGGCAUCACUCAAGACGAAGCAGCUAUUUACGAUCGUCAAAUUCGACUGUGGGGUCUUGAUGCCCAGCAACGUAUUCAAAAAGCACACAUCCUCGUAGCUGGUGUACGUGCUUUAACCGAUGAAACGUGUAAAAAUCUUGCUUUGGCCGGUAUCGGAUCGCUGACACUGCUCGAUCACACCACUGUCAUUCCUGAAGAUCUCGGCGCUCACUUUUUCUUUAAAGAAAACGACAUUGGUAAAAACCGCGCGGUGGCAGCCGUUCCUGCUAUUGAGGCCUUGAAUCCGCAUGUCGUGGUCAAGGUCGACGAGGGAAAUAUUGCCGACAAAGACGAUGCCUUUUUCGCUGAGUUUGAUGUGGUAUUACUCAUUCAUGAAAAAGCGGAUAUCUUGACUCGCGUCAAUGCCAUUCGAAAAGCCCAAGGCAAGCCAUUUUAUGCUGCGGAUGCUUUUGGCUGGUUUGGGUAUAUUUUCUGUGAUUUGAAUGUUCAUACGUACAUUGAAGAAAAGAAAUCGUUACCGGCAGGCGCCAAGGCCGGUCAGGAUCCUGUGGUGACCAAAACAACGUGCGUAGAGCAAUAUGUUACAUUGAAUGAAUCGCUGCAAAAAGACUGGUCUAGCAUGUCGGUCAAAGCAUUAAAAAAGAGGAUAUCACCGUUGGCGUUCGUUAUGCAAAUGAUUUUACGGUUUGAACAAAAGCAUCAUCAUCUUCCGACACAGCAGGAGCUCUUGGACACUAAGACACAAUAUUUGCAAGAGUUGGGCAUAUCAGAUAGCACGGUCGUGUCAGAUGACCUCAUUAGCAUGGCAUUGGACUUGAGAGAGACUGAACUGUGUCCUGUGGCCUCGAUCGUUGGUGGCGUAUUAGCGCAGGAAAUUAUCAAAGUACUUUCUGCAAAAGAACUUCCGAUUUCAAACUGGUUCUUUUACAACGCUCUCGAUGGAACCGGACUCAUUCAUCGAUUGUAAAAACGGGCCCUUUGUUUGACUCUCACAAUGAGGUCUCUCAAAAUGUCAGAAAUUUCAUUAUCCCACAACAGUAAACACAAAAAACUCAACUUUUGUACAUUCCCUUUUUUUUUCUGCUGGAAACGGUUCAUUUUUACCUGUUGCACCAUUGGAUGAAAAACCUCAUUUUUCCCUUUUCCAUCGAAUAAAUGUUUUCUGUUCUGGAGAUCAGCCGCAGCAGAUUUGGGGGCAAUCUGUGG